CUUGUCUCUAUCUUUAUUUUCGGCUGAGCUGAGCUGAAAAUCCUCCGAAUCACUAGUGACGGUGUCCUUCUCUGUCACUCUUAUCUUCUACAUCUCACUUACCUCUACCGCUUAUAUAUAUUUAUAUAUCUUUGUUGUUCCUAUAAAUUCUCUCCAUAUUGUUUUAUCCGAAUCUACAUCUCCCUUUGCACUGCGGUCGGAAAAUAGCCGCAGUGUUUGUUUCAGACAUUCAGCUUAAUUUUGGGGCAGGUGAUUCUUUGCUUUUAGACUUGUACAGGAUGGAAGUAACAGGAGGUUGAGACCUUUAAAUUCUAUCGCAUUGGAAGGUAUUUGGGAAAUGCUUGGGGUAGCAGAAAACUUGCGGAAAAUAGAAAGUGGUAGCAGCAAGGGUUGUCCGUCUAACAAGUUUUACCAUAGAACCCGAAGAAGUGGCAUGGAAUUUGACUCUGAUUGGAUCAAGCAUAGAAAAUCAUUGACCUUUACCGCACAAGUGAUUAGUUCUUCAACUUCUUUUAUCCCUUGGUCUUCUAAGAUUGCAAUUAGUGAAGGAUAUCAUGAAUUUCUUUAGUCAAUUGCCAAUUUAUUCAAUUACUUUAGAGAAGAGGCCUGGUCAAUGAUCGUAUCACUUUGUGAAAAAAUUGUGGUUUUAAAAAAUGCUUGGUGUUGUAAGUGGAAACAAGAGAGUCACUGCAUCAAGUAUGUGUUCCACAGAUUUGAGCCAGCAAGAUAGUCUAGGUUUUGGUUCCUUUUUAACUUAUAAUUAUGUGUCUGAUGGCCCCAUCUUGCCUGGACUGCCAGAUGAUGUGGCAAAGUAUUGCCUUGCGCUUGUUCCCCGAUCCGAUUUUCCUGCUAUGGGUGGUGCCUGCAAGUGGUGGAGGUCAUUUCUGCAAAGCAAAGAGUUCAUCAGCAUUAGAAAGCUGGCUGGUCUGCUUGAGGAAUGGCUUUAUGUCCUGACUGUGAAUGCUGAAGGAAGAGAAAGCUACUGGGAGGUUUUCGACUGUUUAGGAAACAAACACCAUCAGCUCCCACAGAUGCCCGGUCAUAUAAAGGCUGCUUUUGGAAUUGUAGUUCUCAAUGGUAAACUUCUUGUUAUGGGUGGUCAUUCCAUGAUUGAUGAAUCUGGGUCGGUCUCAGCCGACGUUUAUCAAUACGAUUCUUACUUGAACAGGUGGAGCAAAAUGGCUAGCAUGAACGUGGCACGUUAUGAUUUUGCUUGUGCUGAGGUGGAUGGAAUGGUUUAUGCAGUUGGUGGUUUUGGGAUAGAUGGAGAAUCUCUUUCUUGUGCUGAGGUUUAUGAUCCAGAUCAAGAUAAAUGGACUGUGAUCGAGAGUCUUCGCAGGCCAAGGUGGGGCUGUUUUGCAUGUGGAUUUGGGGGAAAGCUUUAUAUUAUGGGUGGUCGAUCAAGUUUUACAAUUGGGAAUUCUAGGUCUGUUGAUGUGUAUAAUCCCAAGAGUCACACUUGGGGCGAGAUGAAAAAAGGUUGUGUUAUGGUUACCGCUCAUGCUGUUCUGGAAAAGAAGCUCUUCUGCAUAGAAUGGAAGAACCAGCGGAAACUAUCCAUUUUCAAUCCGGAGGACAAUUCAUGGAAGAUGGAGCCAGUUCCAGUGACAGGGAGUUCAAGCAUUCGAUUCCAGUUUGGCACACUGGAUGGGAAGCUUUUGCUGUUUUCUCUACAAGGCGAUCCUGGUUAUAACACCCUGCUAUAUAAUCCUAAUGCAGCUCCAGAAUUACAGUGGCAGACUUGUGACAUAAAGCCAUCUGGUGCGUGCCUUUGUACUGUUACAAUCAAGGCAUAAAAAUCAAAUUGCAAGAAAGAGUUAGAAGACUCCAAUGCAUCUAUGAUCAUCGACGCACAAAUGUCUGUAUACUCGGUUUCUCUUCAGGUGUGAUGAUCAGUUAACCUGUUAGGUUCCUCUAAACUACUUCAAAAUUUGAACUGCUUCUGAAUGACUUGUGUUUUCUCUUGCUCAACUUCAAUCUGAUCUUAGACGGCUUCUCCUAUAAAUAUGGCUUUUAUCUUCUGUUAAAUAAUCCCAUAACAUGGGAUACAACCGAAACUCGAUAUGUUAUUUUUAUGUUGUCAGGUUAGGACUGAAACUACUUCUUGAAGGAUGUUGUACUCCCUAAUAGAUAUAUGCUGUCACCCUGGACAUGCUUUCAUGUCGUUACCAAUUUGUAAAUAAAAAAAUAAUUCUUUUGGUAUCUGUUCAUGUAUUUGAUCGGGUUCACCCAUAAUUUUCAAUUUUAUACUAUUGAAUAGCU